AUGCCUCACAGUUCCCAGCUCGUAAGUACAAACCGCCACUACUCCCAUCUUCAGCCGUCGAGCCACGGAUUUGCCCUCAAAAGCUAUACCGGCCAACCCCAGAGUCUCCCCAAUAUACUUCCGCCCACCCCUCCAAACCAUAUCCAAACCUGGCUAGCAAGGAAACCUGAUCGCCCUAUCCCUCAGUUCGAGGUUCACACCCUCGAUGACAACUGCCGCAAAAACUUCAUCCCGACAAACCGAGACAUGCAUCUCGAUCGACCUCGUCUUCAGCGUUACAAACUACACCGUCAAAAAUCUCAUGGUCAAAAUCAAAGAGCAGCAGUAGCGGAAAAUUGUCCACUUCCUCUUCCCCACGAAGAUUAUGGACCGGAGCCGCCGAGCAUGUUAUCAAAUUUUCGUUUCAAUAUCUUCACCCGUUUUUAUGAUGACUUUAUGUACAUUGAACUAGUCCCAAGGUCAAGUAAAGGUAUUCCACUGGAGUAUAUCAAGGAAGCUAGUUUUAUGUUUGGAUUGGUGAAACCGUUCAACUGGACUGAAGAGCAUGCAUGCUAUUUGGGUAUUUCUUUAUCCUUCGUCUCGUGA